AUGGUAGCGGGCGAAGCAGCCAAAGGGCGCGAAGACGAUGCCGAACGACCACGAUUUUUUCCAGAAGUGGUGGUUGUGCAAAGUGCAGCAGAGGACGAGGUUGGCGACCCACACAAUAACUCCGAGCGCCAUGGUGAGCGGCUCAAAGUUAUGCACAGGCUUGAUGAACUUUCUGUGGCCGAGUCCCCAUGCGUCGCCAAACCUGGUCAGAAAAGCGGCAAGGUCGGAGCCCAGGUGGUAGCCGACCAUGGAGACGCCCAUCUGUGUGAAUGCAACGGAGAAAAACUCCAUGACUCCGUAGCCGUGGUUCGGCAGCUUGCUGUCUAUGUUGAGAAUAUCCACGAUGAACAGGCAGGCGGUGAAGUUCGACCAGAUGCACGAGCCGGACAACUUGUAGUUCGGGUUGAUGUACGAGUUCGAGUAGAAGGUGAGCCUGGUGAGUCCUUCUCGGGCCAUGAAGCCGAGAAUCGACCAGAAGGCCAGCUGGAGGUGGACAUUAAGCCAAGACAUGGAAAUGUCUUUUUUUUACAGAUAAUAAUAAAGUUGCACAGCCAUGCAGUUAUAGCAGUUUUCAGUCUAUGCACCGGCACAGUGGCCGCCGUCAAUUCUAAGGUCAGAGCCCGUCAUGAACCGCGAGCCGUCGCCGAGCAGGAACACGGCGGCCGUCUUGAAGUCUUCGGGCGCGCCCAGCCGGUUGAGCAUGGCGCCGCGCAUCCAGGUCUCGUACAGCUCGGGUUCCACGUCCAGCAGCUCCUGGGUCAUGGCAGUUAUGAUAUAACCGGGAGAGAUGGUGUUGAUGCGGAUGCCGUACUGGCCCCACUCCUGGCACAGCGACCGCGCGAGCUGCAGCACGGCGGCCUUGGACGUGUUGUACGCCGUGUUUUCGAGCCCGCGGUUCGCGAUAAUGCCGGACAUCGAGCCAAUCAGCACAAUCGAGCCCGGCGUCCGUUCUGCCACCAGGAUCUUGGCCGUGUGCUUGGCCAUGAUGAACGAGCCCACAAAGUUGAUGUCGACGAUCUUGCGGUACAGCUCGACGGGGUACUCGAUGGCCGGCAGCUUCUGGUUGAUGCCGGCGCAGUUCACCAGGCCGUGGAUCGGUCUGCCUGCCUGGGCGGCCUCCUGAGCAAGCCGGGGCAGCAGCAGCUCGACGGCAGGCUCACUGGUGACGUCGAGCGUGUUGAACGAGAGGGACCCGCCGCUUUCCUUGGCGAGCGCCUGCGCGGCGGCCCACUCUUCGGUGAGGGGCUCUGGCAGCAGGUCCAGAGCCACUGCGCUGCCGCCUGCCUCGAGAAUGGCCGUGAUAAGGCUCAGGCCGAGGCCACGGGCGCCGCCGGUGACGAGGUAGGUCCUGUUUCUCAGGUCCAGGCCCGCCUUAACGGAGGACGGCGAGGCGGGAGCAGGGUCAGUGAUGGUGGCGAGAGGGUUGUAAGACUUAUAUGUCAUGGUGCACCAAGAGAGCAAACUAAUGCUGUAUUUAUAGCACUGUUUCACAUUUGCGGUAAUCGAUGCGGGGGCCGCAUUGUGGGGCCGCGUAAUUUUUCCAGUUCGAACAAUAGGUGUAAAUCUAAUGCAUGCACCCCGCAUUACACCCGGCCUUGGUAUAUAUGGACGGCUGGGAGCCCUGUGUCACCAAGAAUGUAUCUGGGAUUGAAAGGCCGCAACUUGCAAUGGGGAGUCACCAUCGCCUCUGGCGCGGGUUUCCUGCUCUUUGGGUUUGACCAGGGCGUGAUGUCGGGCCUUUUGACGGGUGCCGCGUUCACGCACCAGUUCCCGUCGAUCGACACGACGGACACAGGCCACGGCAGCUCGUCGCUCCAGGGCACCGUGGUGGCCAUCUACGAGAUUGGAUGUUUCUUUGGCGCGCUGUUCAGCUUUGCGCUUGGCGAGCAGCUCGGCAGACGCUGGAGCAUCAUGGUAGGGUGCAUAAUUCUGUCAAUCGGAGCAGCAAUCCAGACCUCUGCGUACGGCGUGCCGCAGCUGAUUGUGGGGCGGAUAGUCGCCGGCCUGGGAAACGGCAUGAACACGGCUACGAUCCCCGUGUGGCACUCGGAAAUCUGCAAAGCCCACAACAGGGGCCGCGAGCUGUCCAUAGAGCUGGCAAUCAAUAUUUUUGGAGUUAUGACGUCAUACUGGGUCGACUACGGCAUGAGUUAUGUUGACAGCGAGGCCCAGUUCCGGUUCCCAAUUUCGCUGCAGAUUCUGUUUGCGCUGUUCACGCUGGCCGGCGUGAUGUUCCUGCCCGAGUCGCCGCGGUGGCUGAUCGCCCACGAUCGCCACGCAGAGGCCAAGCAGGUUAUCCAUCUGACGAUGUCCAACGCCGAACAAAUAACCGACGACGACCCGAGCGUGGCGCGCGAGAUCGAGCAGAUCAACGAGGCCCUCGCCGAGGAACGCGAGUCCGCAAGUGUGGGCUUUGCCGCUGUCUUCUCCAACGGACGGCAACGCUUUUUCUGGCGUACCUUUUUGGGCAUGUUUUCGCAGUUCAUGCAGCAACUCUCGGGAAUCAACCUGAUUACGUACUACGCCACGAGCAUCUUCGAGGAGUCCGUCGGCAUGGACCACAACCUGGCGCUGCUGAUGUCUGGGUUCAACGGAAUCGCGUACUUUGUCUCGUCGCUGCUCCCGAUUUGGUUGCUCGACAGAGUCGGUCGCCGCAAGCUCAUGAUGUUUGCCGUGAUCGGACAGGGCUCGUGCAUGGCGAUCCUGGCCGGCACGGUCUCGAACGGCAACACGGCGUGCGGAAUAGUGGCCACCGUGAUGCUGUUUAUGUUCAAUUUCUUUUUCUCCGUCGGUCUGCUUGCCAUUCCGUGGCUGCUCCCAGCCGAGUACGCGCCUCUGGCGAUCCGUACGAAGGCUGCGGCGCUGGGCUCUGCCAGCAACUGGAUUUUCACGUUUCUGGUCGUUGAAAUCACGCCGUCGAGCGUUGCCAACAUAGGCUACAAAACGUACAUCUACUUCUGCGUGUUCAAUUUCUGCUUCUUGCCGAUGAUUUAUUUCUUCUACCCAGAAACGAAAAACCUCCCGCUCGAAAAAAUCGACCGCAUGUUUGUGGGGGAGAAGGUGCACCUGUUCUGGAACGAUGCGCUCGAAGACGACUAUGCGCUUGUUGCCGACAAGACCGCCAAUAAAGCGGAGGUCGAGAUGGUGGAGUCAGGUGUGUACGUUUCAGCUUAG